UAGAAAUUGAGCGCUGAAGUCGGAUGAGGCAACAUACACCGGUUGGCCUGAAGCGAGUGAUGAUGUCUUCCCCGUGCAUGUCUGCUCACAACUUCAUCCCUUGAAACGCAGCCUGUCAGAAAAAAGGUGCUGUUACGCUCAGACAUUUGGUGAUAAUGAAGAAAUAAAGCACUUACUAACCGCUCAACCUUCACAGACUCUCUGAACCCCCCUUGGGCCGUUGAUUUCAAACGCCCACCCCUUCCCCCUUGAACUCAAAGUUCUUUUGAAGGGGACUUUACCAGUCGCAGGCACCGCCAUUAAAGCCCACCCAGGACUUAAAAAAAAAAUCGACGUUCCACUCCCCCCCCCAGCCCGUGCGUGCUUUAUCAAAUGCCCAAAAACAGCAAGGCCGUCAAGAGAGAGCUUGACGACGAUGUCACGGAGUCUGUCAGGGACCUGCUUUCCAAUGAGGACGCCUGCGACGAUUCCUUCAAGAAGAGCUCGCUGAUCGUCGACAGCCCCGAAGGCGAAGGCAAGGACUGCGAUGUGGAGGAAGGAGGCUCGGACGGCGAGGAGGAGGAGCGCCCGGCCUGGAACAGCAAGCUCCAGUACAUCCUGGCCCAGGUUGGCUUCUCUGUAGGCCUGGGCAACGUGUGGAGGUUCCCCUACCUGUGUCAGAAGAACGGAGGCGGAGCGUACCUGGUGCCCUACCUGAUCCUGCUUAUACUGAUUGGCAUCCCGCUGUUCUUCCUGGAGCUUGCAGUGGGCCAGCGUAUCCGCAGGGGCAGCAUCGGCGUGUGGAACUAUAUCAGCCCUCGCCUGGGGGGCAUCGGCUUUGCCAGCUGUGUGGUGUGUUUCUUUGUGGCUCUCUACUACAAUGUCAUCAUCAGCUGGAGUCUCUUCUACUUCUCCCAGUCCUUCCAGCAGCCCCUGCCUUGGCAUGAAUGUCCACUUGUCAAGAACAAGACCAGUACAUAUGUGGUGCCGGAGUGUGAGAAGAGCUCGGCCACCACUUACUACUGGUACCGUGAGGCCCUGGACAUCUCCGACAACAUCUCUGAGGGCGGAGGACUCAACUGGAAGAUGACAUUGAGCCUGCUGGCUGCCUGGUCCAUGGUGUGCCUCGCCAUGAUCAAGGGAAUCCAGUCUUCUGGGAAGGUGAUGUACUUCAGCUCCUUGUUUCCUUACGUUGUCCUGAUCUGCUUCCUGACUCGGGCUCUGCUGCUGAAGGGCUCCAUCGACGGCAUUCGACACAUGUUCACACCCAAGCUGGAGAUCAUGUUGGAGCCCAAAGUGUGGCGGGAAGCGGCCACGCAGGUCUUCUUCGCGCUGGGCCUGGGCUUCGGCGGCGUCAUCGCCUUCUCCAGCUACAACAAGCGCGACAACAACUGCCACUUCGACGCGGUGCUGGUGUCCUUCAUCAACUUCUUCACGUCCGUGCUGGCCACCCUGGUGGUGUUCGCCGUGCUGGGCUUCAAGGCCAACAUCAUGAACAGCAAAUGUGUUGCUCUAAACGCUAAUAAGAUCGCGGCGCUGUUGGGGAACGGCAUUGAACCCAGCCUCAUUCCCCUCCAUAUAAACCUGACUCAGGUCAGUCAGGUCACUGCCGAGGACUACCAUCAGAUGCUGGAGAUCAUCAAAGGCGUGAAGGAGGACGAGUUCCCCAAACUGGGGCUGGAGUCCUGCAGCAUUGAAGACGAGCUCAAUCAGGCGGUCCAAGGCACAGGCUUGGCCUUCAUCGCCUUCACGGAAGCCAUGACCCACUUCCCAGCCUCGCCCUUCUGGUCCGUCAUGUUCUUCCUCAUGCUGAUCAACCUGGGCCUCGGCAGCAUGUUCGGCACCAUCGAGGGCAUCCUCACUCCACUGAUCGACACGUUCAAAGUCCGCAAGGAGUUUCUCACAGUGGGAUGCUGCGUGCUGGCCUUCUCCAUUGGUCUCCUGUUUGUUCAGCGCUCAGGGAACUACUUUGUGACCAUGUUCGACGACUACUCCGCCACCUUACCCCUGCUCAUCGUCGUGGUGCUGGAGAACGUGGCCAUCGCUUGGGUUUACGGGAUCGACAAAUUCUUUGAAGACCUGAGGGACAUGCUGGGCUUCACUCCCUACCGCUUCUACUAUUACAUGUGGAAGUACAUCACUCCCAUCCUGCUGCUGGUGCUUCUCUGCUCCAGCUUCAUCCAGCUGGCCAAGACACCACCCAGCUACAGCGCCUGGAUCCAGGAGGAGGCCAUGGAGAGGACCCUCGACUUCCCUCCGUGGGGGAUUGCUGUUUGCAUCUCCCUGGUGGUGAUGGCCAUCAUGCCUGUGCCCGUGGUCUUCUGUCUGCGCUACUUCAACAUCAUCGACGAGAACACCAGCGGCCUCUCCACCGUCUCCUACAAGAAGGGCCGUGUCAUCAAGGAGAGUCCCCGGCCGGAGGACGACGACGACGCCAGCCUGAUUCACGGCAAGACCCCCAGCGAGGCGCCCUCGCCGAUGCCCGGCAAAAGCAUCUACCGCAAGCAGAGCGGCAGCGGGGGCACCGAGGCGGACACGGCUCCCAACGGCCGUUACGGGAUCGGCUACUUGAUGGCGGACAUGCCAGAUAUGCCCGAGUCGGACUUGUAGGCUGACUGCGACAGUCAGUCCUACCCGGCCACUUCUCUCCUCCACCCUUCUGCGUGCAUUUAGUCAGCCAUUGUCAUUGUUGUACAUCGUCACCUCAGUGUAUAUUCUUUGUAGAGAAGGUAGCUGCUCUGUUGUUCGUUGUCUCUGAACCUUACGUGACUGUAAGCCUAAAAACAAACAGUUUUGGAGGAGAUAGUGUUAUUGUCCAGCUCAUUUGCUUGACUUCACCCUAAAACCUGACCCCCUUCAGUUUUUGCCCUCCACCCAGUGUACAUCCUGCUGGAAUCUGCAGUCCUGAAGGUCUUUCUGGGUAUAGGCCUGUUUGCAGCAAUAAUCCUGCUGUAUAAAAAUGGUUGUGUGCAUCAAGGUCCCCAAAUUAACCUGUUAACCUUCAAGGGCCCACCAGUGGGCCCUUGAAGGUUAACGGGUUAAGGAGCCAAUAGGUUUUAGCCGAGGCCGACUUUUUAAAGUAUUGAGAUUGGUCCCAGUGUAUCUACUAUGGAUGACAUACAGAAACGAGACUGAACAAAUUACUUCUGGCCAAGGGCAGUGCAGGUUUAUGUGUGUAGCACAUUUCAGCCACAAGACCGUGAUAAAAACAUAGGGAAGAAUAAAAAAGUACAUUACAGGAAAAGAUGGCCUACAGGCUGAAUGGUUUAAAUAGAGCGCUCAAGCUCUACUCCAAACCCAUGGAGUUCAAUCUUGGUGUAAAACAACUAAAUGCUGCUUCUCCGUGUCUGGGUCUGAUCCAAACACGGAGGACAUCAGUCAUUUAUAAACUAACAAGUCUUUUAAAGGCGCAAUAAGCAGUUUUACACCACUAGUUGGAGCUUGGGCACUGUCUGUAGACCAAAACAAGAUGUGCAUCAAGCCACACCUUUCUCUACCUUGCUCCAGCAUUCAGCACCUAUUUCCCCUUCUCAGCCAUCGGCUCCUAUAAGCCUGUUUGGAAAGGAUAAAAAGACAGCAAAACAGCAUCACCUUUCAGAGGAACAUGUUUGGUGAAGACGGAAGUAACUCUUAACUUUAAAAUGCUGUUAGCAAGAGAACAGUUUGAUCCGAUGGCCGUGCUCUCCGGCAUUUUGUGCCUGGCGGUGGCAUUUUAUGAGCAGGGAGUGGCAGCUGUUCACGUGCACGUGCACACGCAGCCGGCCCGGCAAUCUAAACAAGAGACUACAGAACAACAGAGAGGGUGUGUGAUGUUUAACUAUAGUCCAUCUAAAAAGAUACCUUUAGUACUUCCCAAAACUAUUUUUUAGUUCUAUCUAAAAUAAGUAAAUUUCGCUUAUUGCUCCUUUAAAGUCUAAUCUUUGAGAUGCAGGGCGGCGGUAUAAGUAGGCGGCCAUCUUGGUAAGUGUCUCUGAAGGUUCAGGUCUGAGUUCAUCACCACAGAACAAAGCCGUGUGCUGACUCUUGAUCGCAACUGCCCUUUGGUCCAGAAGUGAUCACUUCGGUGUAGUUUUUAUUCAGCCUGAGAAAUUCUCUGCGCAUUCAUUUGUUCUAAGCAUCCAUCCAGAGCUAGAACAGGUCACGGUUGCCUGGUGGCAUGGUCAGCUUUGUUAAAACCGUGAGGACAGUGUUUGUAUCCCACUCCUAAGAUUGUCUGAGCCUGAAGCGUGCCUAAGUCAUUUAUAUUUGUUUAUGGAAUACGCGCAUGUUGUAAAUUUGAGGUAUUCUGUAAAUACAAUAUAAAUAGUAUAUAUUUAUCCUGAUAGUUUGGAUAUCAGAGCAGUGUUUUUAAGGUUCAGAGGUACUUAACUCUCAUGUCUUUGUUUUUCUACUAAUGUUCUGUCAGUAUCGCCGAGGACUGCGUCCUCCUUGUAAAUAUUUUUUUCAUGAAAUGCUUAACUUGCGAUGUCUCUCCUCCCCCCCUCCCCCAGUUCAAGAAUAAAAUUCGAAAACAAUCCAU